CUGGGAAAUGGGCUCCAAGUCCGACCAGCUUCUGAUUGUGGUUUCAAUCCUGGAAGGGCGUUAUUUUCCCAAACGUCCAAAGCAUAAGCUUGUGGUAGAAGCCAAGUUUGAUGGUGAACAUCUUGCUACAGACCCUGUUGAUCAUACAGAUCAACCUGAAUUUGCCACAGAAUUGGCUUGGGAACUUGACAGGAAAGCACUUCAUCAACACAGGUUACAGCGUACCCCUAUCAAAUUACAGUGCUUUGCUUUGGACUCUUUGACUUCUACCAAAGAGACUAUAGGUUAUAUAAUACUAGAUUUAAGAGCUGCUCAGGAGAAGAAGCAGCCACCAAAAUGGUAUCCUUUACUCAGCAAUAAAUAUCCAAAAUUUAAAUCUGAAUUACAGCUAAGUGUAACGUUAGAGACUGAUACCAAAGCUUCAGUGGGUGGUUUUAAAGCAAAGGAAGCCCCUCCCAGAGAUAUAAUAGUAUCUCUACCUGGGUUGGAUCCCAAAAACCUUGUAGCAGUGCUGAAUAAGGAGGAAGGAUAUCAUCAAAUUGGACCAGCAGAAUAUUGCAGAGACUACUUUGUUUUGUCUGUUACUAUUGCAUUUGCUACACAGUUAGAACAGUUAAUACCAACCACAGUGAAACUUCCAGAACAGCAGCCAGAGUUCUUCUUCUAUUACUCAUUAUUAGGCAAUGAUGUGACCAAUGAACCAUUUACUGACUUGAUCAAUCCAAACUUCGAGCCAGAGAGGGCUUCUGUUAGAAUUCGCAGCAGCGUUGAAGUUCUUAGAGCUUAUUUUUUGACACACUCAAAGUUGCAGAUCCAUCUGUGCUGUAGGGACCAAUCUCUCGGAAGCACUGAAAUACUUCUUACUGGAUUGGUGAAGAAAGGAAAUGCAGAUAUCCGUCAACAACCAGUAGCUAUUGAAGGAGCGUUCAUUCUUGUACCACCAAAUAGAGCCCGGCAAAAACUACCCCCAGUGCCUUUGGAUAUGGCACCCACUCUUGGGGUAUCAGUAUCUCUACAAAAAGAUAAUGUUUCUCAGCCUAUCGUUCAAGUAGCUACACAGGCUGAACCUGAAAAUAUGAAGAAAGCUUUGCCUCCAACACGUGAUCAGGAAAGGAAUCCUGAGCAAAGUUCCCAUAAUGCACCACCUCAGACUUGUCAUUCUCCUCCCAUAAAAGAGGAUGCAACAGACAGUGAAGUGGAAAGUAUUCAGUAUGACAGGAAUCCAAAUCCACAGAAAAAAGCUUUGAAUAGUCAAGUACCUGCAUCCCAAUCUCAGCAUGUAACUGGAUCUAGUACCUCUGAGCCUACUACAGGGCAAAAAAUCGCCGUUCCAGCAGCAUCUCAUCACUUCUGCUUCUCUCUAGAUUUAAGAUCAAUUCUUAAUAUGGAUGCUGGCUUUCCUGUUAACUGCAUAUUAAGGUACUCGUAUCCAUUUUUUGGCAGUGCCGCACCGAUUAUGACAAGCCCUCCUGUAGAAGUGAGAAAAAACAUGGAAGUUUCUCUUCCCCAGUCCUACUGUGCAUUUGAUUUUGCAACUUUGCCUCAUCAGCUUCAGGAUACUUUCUUCAGACUACCGUUGCUGGUUGAGCUGUGGCACAAAGAUAAAACGGCCAAAGACCUGCUUCUGGGAGUUGCCAGACUGCAGCUUUCCCAUGUUUUGACCAGGGAAAAAACUCGUUUUCUGGGUGCUGACGGAGAGCAGUGCUGGCGGCAGAUCUUCAGCGAAACCGUCCCUUUUACAGCAGCCCAAGGGCCAAGCAGCAAGAUAGCAAAACUUUCAUACACCAUGACUCUAGAAGACUAUGGACUUGUAAAGAUGCAUGAGGUUCUGGUGUCUGAUUCAGCCCGGUGUUUAGGUGCUGAUGCUGAUGAACCACCACAGAUUCCUUCAUCUCAGCCUGGUAAUGCUCAGGAAGUCCAGCCAGAACCACGGGAAACUUUAGAAUACAAAGCAGCUCUCGAACUGGAAAUGUGGAAAGAGAUGCAAGAAGAUCUUUUUGAGAACCAGCUGAAGAAGAAAGAGUUGGCGCACAUGCAAGCUCUUGCCGAAGAGUGGAGAAAGAGGGACCGAGAAAGAGAAGCACUGGUAAAGAAAAAAGUUGCGGAGUAUACAGUUUUGGAGGAACAGCUUCAAAAAACUUUGACUGAUCUAGAGAAGCGUGAAAAGCAACUUGUCUGUGCUGAAACUGAGCUCCAAAGAGUAAAGAGAGAACUCCAAGCAGAGCAUGAACGAAAUCUGCAGGAGCUUCAGGAUGCAAUGCGGCGGGUCAAAGAAGAGUGUGCUCAUCAGGUUGAGUUGGAGAAGUCAAGGAUCAGACAGCUGGAAGAGAACAAGAUCCACCUGCAGCAGCAAAUAUAUGAAGCAGAAAACAAAUAUAAAGGUCUGGAGAAAGAGUUUCAACAAUACAAGGAUCAGCAGAGCAGCAAACCCGAAAUCCGGUUGCAAUCAGAGAUAAAUAUUCUGACUUUAGAGAAGGGAGAUCUCGAAAGGAAAUUGGAAUCGGCCACCAAGUCAAAACUGCACUACAAACAACAAUGGGCUCGGGCUUUGAAAGAACUAGCGAGGCUAAAACAGCGUGAACAAGAGAAUGCAAUGAUGCGUCUUAAAAAGCAGCAGCAAGAGCUGGAGCACAUGAGGCUUCGGUAUCUGGCAGCAGAAGAAAAAGAAUUGGGGAAGGCUCAGCGGCAAGAGCUGGAGGAGAUCAGAAAUGAGCUGAACAGAUUAAAACAGCAAGAAGACAAAAAGCAUUUUCCUGAUUCCCAAGAGGUUUUUGGUUCGCAGUUGCUAAGUGCUCGCACUCGGCAAAUAAAUGAGAGUCUGGACGACUAUCUUGCCCGUCUGAUAGAAGAGAGGGAUACAUUGCUGAGGACAGGGGUGUAUAACCACGAAGACCACAUCAUAAGUGAACUGGAUCGCCAGAUCAGCGAGGUGCUUGCCAAAAGAAAUAGCAGCAAGGAGCAGAACAUAAACAGCUGA